CGUCACGCGCACACGUCUGCGAGUCAGGAGCGGUGGAUGUUUUAACUUUCUGUCGACAAUGCAACACUCUGCAAUCGUCAUCUGCGUUUUUAUUAGCAGCUUACUUCACACAGGUCAGUUUGCUCUAAUAGAAACAAAGGAGACUGUUUGGGCAGCAGUGGGAGACCAGGCCUCUCUGAGCUGCCAGCUCUCUAAAACUAAAGAUGUCCUCCAGAUCACCUGGCAGAAAGUUCUUCCCGUUGGAGAGAAGAACCUCGCCACUUACACCAAGAAGUUUGGUUAUAGAGUGAGUUCUGGUCUGGAGGAGAAGAUGGAUUUUCAGUAUGAAUCUCUGCAGAGCUGCUCCAUGGUGAUCAGGAAGGUGACGGAGCAGGAUGAAGGCUGCUACCGAUGUUUGUUUAACUCUUAUUCUGAAGGAGCGUUGAUAGGCUGGACCUGCUUAAGACUCUACGAGCUGCAUGGACCCUUCAUUGACGUCAGCAGAUCAAACUCUCCUCCAGGGUCGGUUGUGACCUGUUCAGCCACAGGUCGACCUGUUCCCAUGGUAACACUGACUGUUUUCCAUCAGAACCUCAGCUUUUCCCUGUACAACACCAGCAGAGUGAACAACACCAACGGUACCAUCACUUCCACCACUACAGCUCUGCUCUCAGCUCUCAGCAGCACACAGGUUGGAUGUUCAGUGUCAGUGGACUCUGCUGCUCCCAGAGAGCUGCUGGUCACCGUUCCUGGACUCACAGAGACGUCUGAUAGUUUGGAUGAAGACUUUGAAUCUGAUGACAAGGACAAAGGACGACUUGUCGCUGUUGCAAUGGGAUUACUUGUGAUUCUCUGUGGAGCUUUUGGUUGUUUAACCAUGUUGUUAAAAAAAACGCAUCAGAACAGGAGGAAGAAAAACCCCACAGAACAAACUAGAAAUAAUCAGUCUGAAGAGUUUCCGAUACCUGAAAAGGACAAGAAAUUACCAGCUUCAUUGAUUAACAGACAGAGUAGCAAGCAGCAAUCACCAACAACUCCAACAACACCUGAUAUAGAAAGCUGUUCACCUGAGGGUAUGAAGCUACAUCAAAAACUAACCGCCAAGAAAUCUGAGUAAUAUAAUAAACCACUUGACUUGUAUUUUAAUGUUUAAUGCAAUUUGUUUGCUCCUUUCCUGAAAAGUUGCACUUUUAGAGAUUGAUUGUUUCUGUCCGUCGGCAGCCAUGUUGCCUCUUUAUCUGUUGGCUUCAAUGAAGCUCAUCCACGUUUCCUGGGUCCCUGGAAACUGUGGUGGAGAGGAGGACACUGAAGAAGGUUCUGUCUAUUAUG